UCUUCAAAUGGUCCCCCGCCAAUUCUCCUCGCAACCGCCGUCUGCCUACUUGACCCUCUACUCCCUCUCCAACAGCGUCCAUUACAAGGCAGCAUCUGCACCAUGGCGAAUUCCACCCCAUCAACACUUCAACCAGCGAAACGCGGCGGUGCGUUAGAAGAUUUACUGCAGCUUUUUGGUUCUCAAAGUUCUGCGACUUCUGUCACAAAGGCUCGUCGCGAAUCGCCCACGAGCAAGCCACGUCCUCCGGUUGCAGACGUGAGCAAACCGCAUGACAAUCACGUGUCACCACCGACCAAGUCAAACGAUCCCGCCUUUACUUUGACUCCGAGAUCUACGCCAUGCCCGGUUCCUCCUGCUUCAGACAUCCUUGGAAUAGCUACCCAAAGCAGCGACUUCACAUCCGACACCGAGAGUGGUAUUGUGUUGACCCAGGACCACGGUACCAACGUUGCCGAUAUUGUAGAUAGUCCUAGCGAUAACAGACUGCCUUCACUUGUUCGCCCUGCGCGCACGCCAUCUCGCAUACAAGUCAUUGGCGAACUCAGAAUGGAACCACGCCGAAGUCGAAGGGAGCCUGAUGAGACACCUCGCCGCAGCCUGCGCAGAAAGGAUGACAUCCUUGAGUCAGAUACAGUUAGUCGCUCGCCUCCAACUGCUGGCAAUCGCAAACCACGUUUGCCUCGCAAGCUAGAUACAGCUCGCGCCCGCCUGCGCGAUGACAUUGCCCAAAAGACCAAAGUCAAGGCCGACGACUUCCUGACUCUCAACAAAGACUUCUUCUUGCCUCUACUUCCACAGCACAAUUACAUAACCCGUUUAAUUGCCAAAGGGCAAACUGGCUCUGUCGUUCCAUACAAGUCAAUCGAACGGCAGCCCCAUGGCAUCAAUGCGAUCAUGAAGCCCUAUCAGCUUGAGGGAUUGUCGUUUCUGGUCCAUCUCUACAACAACGGUUUUUCUGGAAUUCUGGGCGACGAGAUGGGUUUGGGGAAGACAUUGCAGACGCUAUCUCUAUUCCAGUAUCUUGAGGAACUUGAUCGCGAUACCGGCGUCACAUCCGAGGAACUGCGCCCUUAUCUCGUCAUAUGCCCUCUGAGCGUGCUGAACAACUGGGUGAGCGAAAUCCAGAAAUUCACCCCACACAUGCGAGUUCUUCGGUACCAUGGCGGCCCGAAAGAGCGCGAUCGUCUCAAACGCAUUGCUCAAGGCUUGGAAGAUAGAUAUGGCAACGAGACUCUACGGUCUAGAGAUCGAAAAGUAUCUCAAAAAGCAGGUGUCAAAGUUUCGAAGCUGGCCACAGAAGCGAGCUCUAGCUCCUACAACAUUGUGGUAACCACUUACGACAGUUUCCAUGCAGACCACACCUGGUUCAAGCAUUCAUUUAUAUGGAGAUAUGUCGUUCUUGAUGAAGGCCACAAGAUCAAGAACAAGGCCACACAGCUAUCAGCUUCGCUAAGAAAUGUUUCGUCCGAGUACCGCCUCAUUCUCACUGGUACACCACUGCAAAACAAUCUACUGGAAAUGUGGGCACUGCUAGCCUGGCUUUAUCCAGACGUCUUCACGGAGAAUACCCAUGCUUUGUUCAAAGAAUCCUUCGAUCUAGGCCGCGGAAAGGUCAACCGAAAAACUCUUGACGAUGCUCGACACUUGUUGGAGCUCAUAAUGAUUCGACGCAUGAAAGAUUCUCCCAACGUCAACCUGGGUCUCCCUCCUAAAGAAGAGGUGCUUCUCUACGUGCCAUUGACGCCUAUGCAGCGCUUUUGGUAUACGAGAUUGCUUACAAAGGUCGAUGAUGGCCUUUUAGACGACCUGUUCGCCGAUAAUAAGGCUAAAGAGUUGGCUGCGCUGGAGACUGAUCGGCAGGAUGCACGACUGGUGGCAAAGAUGGAGAAGGUAGCUGCCCUUACAGAUGCUGGUAAAGCAGACGAUCAAUGGGAAGAAACAGCACAGAUUGCGCGACAGGCAAUUAAGAACGAGCAACAGGGUGACGGCAAUACAUCGAUAUGGAAAAGGCUCAUGAAUCUCGUUGUACAACUGCGCAAAUGCUGCUCGCACCCAUAUCUAUUACCAGGUGCAGUUCCAGAACCGUAUCAUAUCGGCCAACAUCUUGUGCGAGCCUCGGGAAAGUUCAUUCUACUUGAGAAACUGCUCAAGAACAGCAUUUUUCAGCUGGGAAAGAAAGUUUUGAUAUUCUCUAGCUUCACACAAACCCUCGACUGUUGCGAGGAUCUCCUGUCCAUGAUAAGCAACUUCGGCCAAGAGUUCAGGUUUUUGCGCUUGGAUGGUGGUACGCAGCGGGCCCGUCGAAAUCUUGGUAUUCGGCUCUUCAAUGAGGCAAAUUCUGCCUACAGAGUCAUGCUUUUGUCGACACGUGCUGGUGGUCUUGGUAUUAACCUCACGGCCGCAGAGGAUGUCGUUUUUCUCGACGAAGAUUGGAAUCCUCAAAUCACUCUCCAAGCUGAGGCACGUGCGCACCGCAUCGGGCAGAUGAAGAAAGUUACUAUCUACAAGAUUUGUACCCAAGGUACGGUCGAAGAGCAGAUGAUGGGACGCAUCCGGAAGAAGCUUUACCUAUCAGCAAAAAUCACCGAGUCGAUGCAAAACAUUCACGGCGAAGAUUAUGCCACCCUCAAGACGGGCACUUCUGUCUCAGACGAUGUCCCUAAGAUUAGCACCACCCAGCUAAAGACGCUUGUUCGUCGAGGAGCUCAAACCCUAUCUCAUCCCGAGAUUGAUGUCAACAGCAUGCUCUCCUGGGAUUUGAACACUAUGAUGCAGAAUUGUCGCGAUAAAGCCACUGAGCCAGUUCCGACGGGCUCUGAAGCCGACGGUGAAUUCGACGAAGAGAAGUGGCUUUCCGUAAUGGAGCGCGUCGAGUGUGCCGUGCUCGAUGGUAAAAGGUACCAGCGCAAUAACGCGUAUUCCAACAAAACACAAGAGAGCAUUCUCCCAGCGAGUGCCACUCGACAGGACCGUCGCAAAGGCAAGAAUGUAACAGUCAUGGUGGAUGGUUUUGCCGUCAACAAGGAGUCGCUGCGUUGUGCCGAUGGUGAGGCUGUGCCUACUUUGGCUGGCAAAGACGUGCGUUUGGCUGAGCCGGAGCGUGAGAAGAGGCACGAAUAUCAGCAUGAGGAGCAUUGUCUGAUGUGUUUCGACGGUGCAGACAGUGGCCAUCUGAUUGGUUGCAAAAGCUGCCCCCGGGCGUACCAUUUCAACUGCUUGGAAGAGGCAUACCAGGCCAAGGUCAAGGGUUUCCAGCAUUUCUUCUGUCCCCAACAUGUUUGUUGCGAUUGUGGAAAGCACACGACGGAUGCUGGCGGCCUCAUCUACCGUUGUCGCUGGUGCCCUCGUGGAUUCUGCGAGGAUUGUCUGGCCGAAACGCAGACAGAGGAGCUUGUUGGUGACAACCUUCCAGAAUUCGAGAUGCUAGGCGAGGGCGUCUCCUCGAGCGGCUUUUACAUCAAAUGUCACGAAUGUAUCGCGUGCAACGAAGAAGACGAAGCGCGGAAGGAGUGGAUGGGGAGCAUGGAAUUGAGCUAUGCGGAGCAGCACGAAACAUGGGUCCAGAUGAAGAAAGAGGAACAAGUCCGCAUUGAAGAAGAGGAUGCAGCAAACGAAGCUCGUCGUCACCACUUUAGGGGCGAGGAACAGAUGAAGGACUGCGUGUGCCAAUCCCCGUCUGUGAUUGACGGUGACAAGGAGUUUGAGAAUGAUGCUCUGUCUCCCCCAUCGCUCACGGAAGAUGAGACGGCGUCUGCCACACCGGGGCCUGGCUUCAGCACUCCGCGGUCCGAGGGCAAUGGCGUACAGAGCAGAAAGAGGAUUAAAGAGGAUAUGGAGGCCAAUUUUGGUGGACUUGGGCGCUCAUCAAAGAAGGGCAAGUUGGACGGCGACUUUCUUGGCGGCAUCUGA